CGAAUCCGCCGGCCGCGCGCCUCUCCUCGCCCUCAGUACCUGCCCGGCUGGAGGCCGACCAGGGGGACCCCAGCCGCCCAUGCCGUGCCGCCCCCGCCCCGCCGCCGCGCGCUCCGCCAGUGCAGCAGCAGCCUCUCGCCGGCCGGCUGGGAACUCGCCCGCCGCCCGCCGGCAUGGAGUCCCAGUGCGACUACUUCAUGUAUUUCCCGGCUGUGCCUUUCCCGGGCCGCGAGGUGCUUCUGGGAGAGCCAGGCCGGUACCGGGCCUUGCCCCGGAGGAACCACCUCUAUCUGGGCGAGACCGUCCGCUUCCUGCUGGUCCUGCGGUGCCGCUCGGGUGCCGGCGGCGCCCCCCGGCCGCCCUGGGGGGAACUGGCAGGCUCGCUCUCGGCCCUGGCCAGCGUCAGCCCAGCUGGCGGCGGCGGCGGCGGCGGCGGCGCUGGAGACGAGGCCCUCCUUGGUGAAGCGGCGGAGGAGGGCGCGGCUGGAGCCGGAGAGGCGGCCGCCAAUGGAAGCGUCUUCCGGGAGUGCCGGGCGCUCCUGACCCACGGCCACGGCGCCCCGGGAACAAUGGCUGUGGCCGUCCCCCCCGAGGAGCCCAUCGUGUCCACCGACGAAGUCAUCUUUCCGCUGACGAUUUCUCUGGACAGGCUGCCGCCCAGUACCGUCAAAGCCAAAAUCGUGGCGACCGUCUGGAGACGCGACCAAGAGAGAGGCGAGGUCCGGGAGCGCGGCUACCUCAGCAUCCUGCAGGAUCGGGCCCCUUCCCAGAUCUUCCGCGAAGAGCAGGGCGCCUUCAAGGCGCAAGUGAGCACCAUGCUGACUGUGCUGCCGCCCCCGGAGCUGAAGUGCCAGCAACUCAGCGUGUCCGGGAAGCACUUGACGGUGCUCAAAGUUCUGAAUGCUGCCUCCCAGGAUGAGCUCUCGGUGUGGGACUUGCGGAUCCUGCCCAACUUGAAUGCCAGUUACCUUCCCAUGAUGCCAGACGGAUCCGUCUUGCUAGUUGAUGAUAUCUGCCACCAAUCUGGUGAAGUCUCCAUGGCCUCCUUUUGCCAGGUGCCCUCGGCCACCUCUGCUUGGCCCUGCUCCCUCCGGGCACUGGAGGAGCAAAAUUUCCUUUUCCAACUGCAGGCACCAGAGCAGCCCCCUGAUAGCACCAAAGAGGGCCUGGAGGUUCCUCUCAUUGCGGUGCUGCAGUGGUCGACCCCCAAACUCCCAUUCACGAGCAGCAUCUACACGCACUACAGGCUGCCCAGCAUCCGCCUUGCCCGUCCCAGGUUUGUGAUGACUGCAGAAUGUGAGUCGCCAGUUGUCUUGCAUCGCCGCUUUGUAGUUACGUACACACUCAUCAAUAAUUUGCAGGACUUUCUGGCAGUGCGCCUGGUGUGGACGCCAGAAAGUGCUGCUGCAGGGAAGAAGCCGAAUGUCUGCGACGAAUGUUGUGCCACACCAGACCCUCAAGACUCCAUUGUGUGCCACACCCCUCUCAAUAACCUGGGAUUCUCUCGCAAGGGCAGCGCCCGCACGUUCUGUGUCACGUUCCAGGCUCUGCGUGCUGGCUUGUUUGAGCUGUCCCAGCACAUGAAGCUGAAACUCCAGUUCACAGCCAGCGUGUCCAACCCACCUCCAGAGGCCCGGCCGGUCUCCCGCAAAAGCAGCCCUGGGAGCCCAGCAGUGCGGGAGCUGGUGGGGCGUCAUCAGGCCAGCCUCGGGCGCUCCCAGAGCUUCUCACACCAGCAGCCGGCACGGGGACACCUCCUGAGGUCAGGAAGCGUCAUGGAGCGCCGGGCCAUAACUCCCCCUGUAGGCUCCCCGGUGGGUCGCCCUCUUUAUUUACCCCCGGAAAAGGCUGCUCUUUCCCUUGACAAAAUUGCCAAACGAGAGUGCAAGGUACUGGUGCUAGCGCCUGUCACAUGACAGAGGAGGGGUCCCCAGAAAGGGCAGCACUGGCUGCCUUCAGCCAACCCUCAGAACCAACCCACAGUAUGCACCACCCAAUCUCGCAUCUGCUCCAGACACCUGAAUUUCACAGGAUGACACCCCUCCCUCCUCGUCCAUUCAACCCCUUAUCUCCUAACAGGACUCCAGUCACACCCCUGGCUGGUAGCAUUUCCUGGCUGUGCCACAGUUCAGCCUUCCAGGGACUGCUGCCCCCCUCACCCACCCACUCUCUUCAUGCUCCUUCAGCUGAGCAGCAGCAAGGAGUGUUUUCACUCUGGAGGGGGGGAACUUGUCUGAAAGCCAAGAGGAAGGAGCAGCUACAUCGCCCCCUCUCCCCAAGCAAGGUACGGACAGCAGUAGGUGUCACCAUUAAAAGGCAAAGUGACUCCAGCCCCUGCAGGUAGAAGGUACUUUUAACAACUGGACAUUCCCCAAAUCGAUUUUUCUUUUUCGCCCUGGAUUAGGCCAUGGGAUGUGACUUGGAAGGCUCCCAGUAUCUCUCCCAGUAUCUGCUGCAUUCCUAAAUGGGAGAGGACCAGUCUCUAGCCCUCUCCCUACCUCAUCCUCCCAGGCCAAGAUCACUUUCCGUUGCACUUUAUUUAAUUUUUGUUAUUUAUAUUUUUUAUUCAUUCAGAAGCAACUCCAACUCUGUAUGUAUGUGCUUACAAAUAAACUGCACUGGCUGGCCGGCAAAUAACACGCUUAA